AUGCCGAUCCUUCAUCGGUGGGAUGAACAUGAAGCAGAAGGAUCUGGAGCUGCCUGGCGUUACGAUGACAGCAGCUCUGGGCAGGAGUCUGCACAUGGGGCCAAGCACAAGACGCACUCCUGUGGACGUUUCAAUCAGAGGGAAGCCACAGACAAAAGAAUUGGCACAUUGAAGACUCUGAAGAAAAGCGAUGAGGAGCUUCGGAGACAGCUACUUGAUCAGUUAAUUGAGGCGAAGUUGAUGGGAAGCCCAAAGCAAAUCUUACAAGGGGCCGACCCAAGCAAACUACCCAUGAGGGAGCUUCCCCACGGGACUGUAGCGGGUCUCUACUUGCAAUACUGUGCGUACUGUCGUUCCUGUGAUGAACCUGCAGCUAGCAAGACUGUUUUCUUUGAGAAAGCACGAGAGUGGCACCAGUGCUUACGCUUCCACCGCAAGACAGUACACGCAGUGUGCGCAGUGUGCUCUGAACUUCGUGCCAAGAUUCGGAAAGCAACAGAUUUCACUCUUCACUGCACUUUGGCUGAUCAAUUGCUCUUUCACUUCCAGCAGCAGUACAAAGACAGACAAACAUACUACAUCGCUAGAGAGAGAGAGCACGAUGUCAGCGAGAUCUCAUAA